UUCAACUUUGACGUCUCUUCCAACGGGAGGUCAUUUGUUUUUAGUCCGGCAAAACGCUAAAAAUAUCCGGCUAAACUCAUUGAUUAUCGGACUAAUUAUUAAAGAUUAAAAAAACAAUGGAUAAUCCACAAAUUAAAUAGUUCAUCGACUAUAUUUGCAUUUGAUACUUUAUUUUUUUUAUUUGAAAGAAAAUGGCUGAAAUCAACUUAGCCCUCACUAAAGAAGGCUGGUACCUUACAGACGAAGGAAUAGAGGAGUUGAAAGGCACUUCUGAGAACCCCUCAGCUAAUUACAUUAUUCGCAUUGCACUCAAUAGUGACCUGAGGCCUAUUGGCAGGAAGUUUCUCCCUGCGGACAUCAACAGUGGCCGGGUGGAGAAGUUGGACGGUCCAUGUGUGCUGCAGGUUCAGAAGGUGAGGAACGUCUCGGCUCCCAAGGACAACGAGGAGUCUCAGGGAGCCCCCAGGAUGCUGCGGCUGCAGAUGACAGACGGACACACCAACGCUGUGGGCAUCGAGUUCACCCACCUGUCCCAGAUCAGAGGUAAAAUCCUGCUCCCCCCCCACCCAGAGGUAAGCCCCCACCCAGAGGUAAACCUGCUCCCACCCCCACCCAGAGGUAAGCCCCCCCCCCACCCAGAGGUAAGCCCUGCUCCCACCCCCCCACCCAGAGCAGACAGAGGAAGGGGUCGUGGCCGGGGUCGGGGUCGGUCCAGUAGGUUUGGGGGUGAGGAUGAGGAGGAGGGAGCAGGAGGAAGACCGUCAGGACCCAGCACUCUGUUUGACUUCCUGGAAUCCAAGAUGGGGAGCUUCUCCCUACAAGAGCCAAAGAGCCAGUCCUCCCAGAGGCAUCACGAGGGUAAGAUGACGUUCCCUCCUAACAGCCAGUCCCAGGACAGGUACCCCCAACGCAGCGACAGCCGUAACGACAGGUCAGACGGGAGGAACGACUGGUCCAGGAACGACAGAUCACGGAAGGAGAGGAACGAGAGGAACGACAGAUCGGACUUCAGGAACGACAGGAACGACCGACCACCUCGUUUCCAGAGGGAUAGUGACAAGGAUUUCCCUAAACCUGGCCACGACCCCUCCAUUGCCACAUCCACCCCUUCCCCAGCCCCAGCUCCAGCAGGGAGCCGGCAGGGCCAGGAGAGAGCCCAGGACAGAGGCCAGGAAAGGGGCCAGACACAGGAGAAGGCCCCUCCUGGAGGUGGAGGAGGGUCAGAGAGGUGGAGAGAGGCCCAGCAUGAGAGACAAACAGCCAGGGAGGCCAGAGGACAGACAUCAGUGUUCUGCCCUGCUGCUACGUACCCCGCCCCCGGCCAGCGGAACAGAGAACCCAGAGACGGAACCCAGGGGGAUUCUUCUGGUUCUAGAACCUUCCAGCAGGGAAUCAGAGAGGAGGGAGGAGGAGGAGGGAUGAAGCAGGACAACGGACCUGCACCAGCUGCCUCUAAACCAGGCCAGCACCAGACAGAGUCCAGUUCUAACUGUGUAUCAGAACCUAAAGGGGUCCAGAGGUCUGACAGCGGAACAGACAACAGAGCUGAGCCCAACAGCAGACGGAGAGGAGGAGGGGGGAAGUCCCACAGGGAAAGGCCCAACUCUGACAACUUUGACCGUUACCGGGACAACGGGCCGUCGAACUCUUCUACGUCGUGGGCGGGGCAAGAGAAGGACUGGGGCGUGUCCCGUGGUGAGUCUCGUCCAGUGAAAGGCCAAGUGGGCAGCGGCCCAGGCUCGGGGCCACACCUCCAAAACGGUGACUCGUCAACGGAACACCGGACAGGGCCAAUCAAACAACAGAACUACUCCUCUGGUCCCGCCCCCAGGGAGAGGGAGGAGCCACACAACAGGAACAGCACUAACCCCGCCCAUAAUAACUCCAACACCGCCCCUAAGAAGAGAACGGGGCAGGUCAAAGGGCAGAGGUCAGACCAGGGGCAGGUCAAAGGGCAGAGGUCAGACCAGGGGCAGGUUGGGACCAUGGAGCCUGCAGUGGCUCAAGGCCUGGGGAACUUGAAACCAGGAGACCAGGUUCUAGCCCUCUACUGGGAAGACAACAAGUUCUACAGGUCCAGGAUAGAUGCUGUUCAUCCCUCUGGUCUCACGGCCGUCGUGGUCUUCACGGAGUAUGGAAACUGUGAGGAGGUCCUUCUACACAACAUCAGACCGGUCAGCACGGACUUCUGGAAGGAAGAGGAGGGGUUAGACUACCGGCGCGGGGGAGACGGGCAGCCUCGGACCACCACGAGGACGCGGCCCACGGUCCAGUAUUACCAGCCGCCCAGGGCCAGGGACUGACUGACCACAUCAUGACUGAGUUACGAUGGAAUCCACAAAGGAUCCCAGAGGUCGACGCAUCUGACCUCAAAAAACCCACAUCUUUCUUCUCUCGGGGGUUGCAAAAUUCCCGCGACUUUCCCAGUUUUUUUCCCCAGAAAUCCCUGUUUUGGAGGAUUCCACGUCCUUAUUUGUUCCCUCCUGAUUCCACAGAAUCUUUCAACUGUGGAUUUCUGAAAAACGGACUUUUGGGAAAGUUAGUGGGAUUUUUUCUCCUCUUCACCAAAAUACACGAUGACCGACUCUUCCUCUGUGUCUUCCUCUGACUCUUCCUCUUCCUCUGUGUUCACUUUGUGUCUCCAUAUCAAGAAGUGUGAAACAUUCAGGAAAAGGGCUUGUUGCUCAAAAAAGAGGCUGACGACGAGGACUCUAGCUAACAGACUUUGGGAAGCGCACAGACGCUGAACACGGGGAAGAUUUGUAAAAUAGUUUAUUGUUGGACGAAUAAAAAUACUGCUCCUGUUUC